AUGCUAACAGGCGCCUUUCAAUUCGUUGCAGACAAAGCAGCCAAGCGUCUGUCACGCUGCGUGGCGGCUCGCUCCUCGCCGGCGUGCGGCAGACAGAUUAAAAGCGCCGUGCCGCCAACUUCCUCUGAAAGCCUCCUGAUGGAGCGCAAAGAGCCCCCCAGUCAAACAAUGCAGCCAAAGGUCCGCUUUGAUGACGUGAUACGAGUCCGACCCCCGUCAGACUGCCACUGGGUGUUGUGUUUCGCGGAACGUGAGGAUGAGGCAGGAGGCAUGCCCGCACUUGUCACUCAGUGGAAGCUGUCACUCAGAAAUAAAAAGUCCACCGAGAGCUGUGUUUACGGUUAUCCAUCAACCUGCUGCACAAGUCCUGACGGCUCUUGGUCAGGCGCCAGCAUCCUAUUGGCCGGGCAGCAGCCAGGCGGAACGGAGAUGAGUGACGGCAAGAAGCGUGACGGCGCGGCGGGGCACGGCGGCGGCGAUGACGACGACGACGAUGAGCGAGGAGAGAUCAGAUCAACGUUUAAUGAGAGCCUAAGUGAAGCCUGGGCUGUUAAUGACAUGUCACAUUUUCAUACUCAUCAAGCGGAGUCUAUCGGUGACGAGCCGUCAGCUCCCUCGCCGCCGCCACUGCCGCUGUUCCACAUCAACACCAAAGGUGUUCUGAGAGGCUUUUGUCACUUUGACAUGUCGGUUAGCGUGUGUUUAUUCUGGAAGCCGCCACCGCCGCCGCUGCCGCCAUCAUUUUUCGGGGAUCGUCCCACCCGUUUCUCACAACGUGGACGUCAUGUGACUGCUGUAAGGGGGCGGAGACAGGUGAGAGUCCACCCCCUAACUGUGUUUACCUGCCUUGAGCCCCUCAGGUAUCAGAACCAAUACUCCCACUGGGAUGCUUUCAUCAGCGUAGGACUACGGAUCAACCGGAUCAGCUUGGAGAUGUUCGGACCGGGGAAACUGGUCUCCGCGUUCCUGCCUGCGGUCUUCCACGCGCCCGGUGCAGCCCAAUUUUUCCCCGCCUUCGCCGCCCGGCCUCCCAUUCUGAUCCCAGGACCCUUUAUCAGCUAUGAAUCCCUGAGGAGUUACCUGCAGCCUGAACCCUGCAAGGAGGCGCUGCUCCUGGCCUCGCAUCCCCCACCCGCUCACCCCACCCUAGACGAACAGAGGCCGGUGAAGCAGCGUCGCGCCCGCGCCAACUACAGCAGCUGGCAGCUGGAGGAGCUGGAGAAGGCCUUCGAGACCACACACUACCCGGAUGUCUUCAUGAGGGAGGCCCUGGCCCUCAGGUUGGACCUCAUCGAGGCCCGAGUGCAGGUUUGGUUCCAGAACCGCCGUGCCAAGAUGAGGCGUCAGCUGAAACUCCAGGGUCAGCGUGCCGAACCUCAUCCCAAAGGCGAAGAUGCCGACGUGUCGGAUAAAGCCACCAGGAGCUUAAAACAUCACAUGGACGCUUCCCGCAGCGAGCGCCGACCCUUAGGACAGGAAGACGACAAAAACAACAACUACCCUUGGACGAAAGCUGCCAGCGCCACGCCGAGCGCCAUCACGGAAACGACAGGUCAGAGGUUACGUAAGUGGGAGGGGCCCAGUUCGGAGCAGCUGCGCUCGUGCAGCAUCGCCAAGCUGAGGGCCAAAGCCAGAGCGCAUGAGGCGGAGAUCCAUGGCGCUCUGAGCUUGUCGGGUGGCGUCGUGUCGUCCCACAUGCAGGAAGUUGACCACGUGGGUGAUGAUUGAUCAUUUUCCUGCUUCCUGUUUGUGCUCAUUGACACGCUAUUAAGACACUAUAUUAGGCACACUUGCAAGCUCAAGUUCCUGUGCACUUGUCACACACCUAUAAUUAUAAACUAAACUAAAACAUCAAUUUGCCCAACAAUAUUAAAAUUAUUGAAUGUAUUUAUGCCUUCAACAUCAUGUGUAUCACUGUAUAAUAAACCAUCCGUUACAAUAUAAUCAUAUGUGUUGGUGUAAAUGCAACCUAACUUGCUAUAAUGAUUUUUUCUGUAUGCUUUCAA